AUGGAGGUGAUCACCGUGUCCCCAUCUCAUGCCUCACCCACUGAAGGAGAAAAUCUCUGUGAGAGAGAUAUCACCACCGUGGCCAUACACAGUGUGACACUGCUCAUCUGCCUCUGUGGGCUGGCUGGGAAUGGGGCUGUCAUUGGCCUCCUCAACCUGAAAAUCCCAAGCUAUGGCAUCUUUGACCUGGCUGUUGCUGAUUUCCUCUUCCUCCUCUUUGCGGUUCCCUCCACUCUCCUCUUCCUGGUGGAGGACAUGUCCUGCUCUCCUAUUGUGCCCCUGCUGUACCUCAGUUUCCUUUUCCAGCUCUCAGUGGUCUCCUACUUCUGGGGGCUGUUCAGAGUGAUGCUCAACAGCAAUGUGCAGUAUGUGUACAAGCUCUGGAAGCUCUACUGGCACUACGACCUUCCUGAGCGGCUGGUUUGGGUGGUGGACAGUGUCCAGUACUGUGCCUUCUUUGCUCUCUUUGCUGUCAUUCCCACAGUAACAUUCCUGUGCCCAGCACAGGAGCAGGAGCACUGCCGUCUGCCUCUCAUCUCCAUGUACACCCUCAUCCUGCUCCUCUUUGUUGCACCCGUGGUCAUUUCCAGCACAAUCGACCUCAUUCAUGCCAAGCCGGGCUCCCAGCAGCAGCAACCCCAGAGGCGCAACACCGUUAUUGUCAUCACUGUGCUCCUCACUCUCCUCCUCAGCCUCUGCAAUUUCCUGCAGCAGCUCGGUUACAUCACUGUGCCCUCCCAGCUUGCUUUCCUGCUCACCUGCAUCCACAGCAGCAUCAAACCCUUCAUCUACUUCUGGGCAGGGAGGUGCAGGAGGCCCUUAUCCAUAAAGUCCAUCCAGCUCUCUCUCCAGAGGGUCUUUGAGGAGCCAAAAGUAAAAACUGAUGACAGCGAUGAUAGCACAACAGACACAGCAGUCUGAGCCUGCUGAUCUCUUCCACUGCUCUGCUGAAGGACCUCAGAACAGAGGCUGAAGGUUUCCUUGAGUCACCUGAUGAAUCAAUAUCCAUGGGAUCACCCUCUCUCUGGUUGUGUAUUCAUGCAGGAGAAGUGAGCACAGGCACUGCCUUGGGUGAUUUUUGUAGGAUGCUCUGCAGGGAGCGCAUUGGAGCAUGGCUUUCCUCCUCCCUCUGGAUCCACAUGGCUCCAAGCAGUGCAGCUGGGCUCAGUGCUGUUCCCCAGCUCUAUUCCCCAUGGAAUGACCCUCAUGGCCUCAGCCCCAGGGAAUGAACUCCAUCUCCUUUGGCUCAGCAGAUGAGUUUCAUGGUGUUUUCAGGGAGCUCUUGCCUGCAAAGAAUGGGACACCUUAAUCCCUGGGGACACACCCAGCACGGGGUGGCAGUGAUUUCCCAAAUCCCUGUGGGGCUGGUGCCUCUCGAUGGCAGGAGAGGGGUUGGGAUCACAUGGAGCAUGCUUCCCUUCUGUCCAGCAGAGCCACCCCUCCAUUCCCAGCUGAUGGGAAGGGACAUCAGGUAGGGCUGCAGAGCUGGGGAGGGGACAGCAACAUUCCCUUAUCCUCUCAGUGGGAAUUUGUCACAGGAUUUAAUUCUGAAUUCCACAAUUAAAUCCUUAUGAAUAUCAAUGCAGAGUCACUAGUGAAUUCCACUGAUUGUUUGUGCCUGUACCAGAAAGUACAUGGAAUAUGGAAAUUCCCAUCACCAGAUGCUUGGACCAUCUAAUUGCACAGAGAUCAGGGGGUUGUGCUGCUCUUCUGCAGAAUGGGCCCCUCCAUCCUCUGGUUCCCCAGCAUCAAUGCCCAAGGAUGCCCCUGACCACCUCCAUCCUGAACCUGGCCACCCUCAGCAGGAGCUGCACAGCCACUCUGCACAGCAGCUUCUGCCCCAGCCCAGCCUGUCCUGAUCUUUGUCAUUCUGUAACCACCCCUCAGUCAGAUUUGGAUUCAUGGUUUUGGUUUCUUUCAACUGUGGUGGUUCCAGGCUCUGAAUCUGUUGAAUGAACAACAUCCAGGCUUCACUGCAGAGCCUGUCCCUGGUGAACAGUGUCCAAAAUGGCUCAUUUCCUUCUUUUAUCCCAUCCUAAAGCCUCUGGCUGGUCUCUGAGCAGGGCAGGUACCUGUCUCAUACCAGAGCCCUUCCUAAGGCAAGUGCCUGCAAUAGUUGGGAUGCUGUUGGCAGCGCCAAGUGCUCCUCAUUCCUCCUGGGAGAGACCUGGGCAGCAGCCACAUCUCUUGCUCAGGGGGAAGUUGUCCCUCCUUUUCCCACUGCCUUAAAUCCAGGGGAAAGCAACGUGCCACUGCUUCUGGAAAGGGAAGUGAGAGUGAAAGCCGUGGGUGCUGAGUCAGGCUUGGGAGACAGAAGUGAGGUUAAACACCUAAGGAGCAUUUAUUCACUGAGUUGUUAAUAAUUAGAGACUCUGAUGUCUGAAAGGGUUUCUCUUCCUGUCUCCUGUUUUCCUGUCCAUUGGAAAGCAGAAAUGUUCCAUUGUGCAACCUCUUGUCCAGGGAAGAACAGCUAAACACAGGGAUUCCUCCCAAGGGAAGUGCAGGAGGAUCAGGAUCCUUCAAUGAACUUUUUCUGCUUCCCAGCACCUUCUUGUCUCCAGUGUCACCAAGGCAACUCCCCACCUGAGCUUCCUUUCAGAAAAAGAAAGAUUUCAAACCAAAUGUUUUCCUUGGUGUCCUUCCCCAUGGCAGAAGGAGAGAUGGAAUGAGAUGAUCCCCAUGGCAGAAGGAGAGAUAGAAUGAGAUGAUCCCCAUGGCAGAAGGAGAGAUGGAAUGAUAUGAUCUCUAAGUUUCCUUCAAACCCAAACAAUUCCAUGAGGAUUCCUCACCUCAUUCAGAAUCCACCCCAGGCAGGAGAUCCCCUGCUGAACACAUAACCAGCCUGUCAGAGCUCAAGGAGCAUUUGGACAAUGCUCUCAGGCACAGGAUGGGAUUGUUGGGAUGUCCUGUGCAGGGCCAAGAGCUGAAUUCCAUGAUCCUUGUGGUCCCCUUCUAACUCUGGAUUAGAGUAGUUCUAUUUUAUGAUGGUUCUCUUCCAUGAUGAUUACAUUUGAUGAUGAUUCCACUGUGUAGUCCCUAUUCCCUGGCUGUGGCACAUCCUCAAAAGCCCUCUGGAAUGCAACACUAACAGAGGGGUGAAUUCCUUUGCACAGCUCCCAGCCAGGCAGUAAAUCAGAGGAUGGGCACUGCUGUUGGCCAAGGAGCCAGAGCACAGCCCCAUUCCCAGCAUCCCACACAGGCACAGCAGCAGCAGCAGCGUGACAGGCACUUUGCUCCACUGCCUGCUGGCACACUGGCUCCAGUUGUCAUGGCUCUCCUCAUCCCAGCUCCCCUUGGAUGCCAUCCCACUGGGCUGGCUCCAGCAGGCACGGCUGGCUCCCUCCGUGGCAGGGGACAAAGUGCUCAUGGUGACACCUCUGCUGCUUCUCCUCCCCUCACACAGAUGGAGCGGUGACAAACAGAGACACCAGAGCAACGCUGCUCAGCCCAGACAUGGCUUUUCCAUCUUUUCCUAUCCACAGCUUCCAUGUGGAGCAGCACUGAGAGGGGUGAGGGACAGGAGAGAUGGCAAGUAGGAUGUGGGAGCCAGGUCUGGUGUGCCUGGCACAAAAGCCAGGGAGAUACCUCCUGCCUGGAUGUGGACAGGACAGAGCUGGAGGAGGAAAACAAUUGGAGAAGAAAGGAAUUGCCCAUGGAGAUAUCAGAGAACAAAUGGCUUUGGGAUGGAUCUGAGCUGGACUCUCAGGUGUCAGUUGAUAUCACUGAGCUGCUGGAUUCCUUCAGCAUUACACCCAUUUCAAUAUUCCCUCCCUUUUCCCACAGUAUUUCCAGCUUUUAAUUCCCUACAGACCUCAAUUCUGCCCCCAAAAUCCAUAACCAGGUUCCACCCCAUAAUGCUUGUGGUUUGUUAAUUUUACAUUUCACCGAUUUUGAGAUUUUUUGCUAAAGUACUCAGGAGUGUGCUGGGUUUAGUGCUGGCUAAUCACUGGUGUAUUCACUUCUUGCUGUGAGGGAAGAUUGGGAGAAAUGUAAAAUAGGUUUAAAGUUUUAAAAGUGUAUAAAGAAAAAUUUAUUAACUGUAAUUUACAGAAAGAGUAAUAGGAAUCAGAAUUAAACUUUUAGAACACUUCUCCAUACCACUUUUCCUUUCUUACUUACAAUGUUAAGAAAUAAAACUUACAAUUUUUGUCAGUUUA